GCCGCCGCCCGGGGGGGCGGCUCCUCCGCCGGCGGAGGCGGCCUCUCGGGCUCGGCGGGGGCCAGCGCUCGGGGCGCGCAGCUGGCCGGCGGCGGUCUCGGGCAGGCCGCGGGCGCACGGUCCCGAUUCUAUGGCCUGAUCUUCGGCCCUGCGAAGAUGAUACUCAAGCUCUGCGCCGCCUGCGUCUGUUUUGCGCUGCUCUUCAAGAUGCUCGGCAAGAUAGACUGCGCCAGCAAGAAGAUGGACCCUCGCCGCUGGUGCAAAUGCUGCGCGAGGCAGCUGAUGGCAAUGGGCUGGGACGAGUUCGAGAGUUUUGACGCCUCUGUCCGUGUGCACAGCGUCGCUGACAUUGCGAACAAAGGCAUGCUCGGGGGUGAGAAGGAGUUCCGCGUGACCAUUAGGUUCAAGUGGAGCAAGUUUGACACGCCGCCCACCAGGGAUAUGAAGUGGGAAUCCAUAAAGACAAUGGAGGUUCCGCAGGGUGCACAUGAGUGCACCAUCGCUCUGUACUCCCUAGGAAAGUUCCGGGACACAUGCCUCGGAAAGAUCGAGCUCGAGACCAAGAAGGACAUGAUCGACAAGCCCGACUUCUGGGGCAAGAAGCAGAAGUUCAAGCUGGAGAAGUCGGGGAAGGAGAUCGGCAAGAUCCUGAUAACGUUCUACAAGAAGGGCGAUGGCGACGGCGACGACGAUGGCGAAGGUGGCGGCAGCAUGCCUGAGGUGCCAGUUGACGGGGUCGACUCCGACUCCGCUCUUGCGCUGGAGAUCCAGCUUGCCAUCGAGGAGCUUGAGAAGGUGCCAGGUUUCGUGAAGCCCGCGGGCAAAUGGGAGGGGCAGAACAAGAUCAUAAUGCUCGCCCGCGUGCUCGAGGGACAGCUACGUGAGGUCAACAAGAAGGGCAAGGAGACGGGCAAGGUGUACAUCGCCAUCCGGUACUGCAACAUCUCCGAGCUGUUCGGCGACGAGGACAAUCGGAGGGAGGAGCUGAAGAGACAGAAGGAGAAGGCCAAGCAGAAGGGCCUCCCCGAGGUGGAGAAGAAGAAGAAGAAGAAACAAAGGGUCCAGCGCCGAGCCAAGAGACCCGCGCGGGCCGCGGGUUCCCGCAGAGGUGCAGAAGAAGUGGUACUGGGCCUGGUACGACGACAAGAAGUCUGCCAAGGACGACAAGGGCUGGCACCACCCCGUGGGGUUCUUCCCGAUGACGGCCAUCACCUCCGUCCACAGCUCUCCCGAGCGGUCGGACCAGUUCAUCAUCAAGUAUUCCAACGAUGGCGAGAAGGACUCGCUCAUAUACCGCCGCGAGUCAGGCAAGGGCCGCGACGUGUGGAUCGAGGGCAUCGACAUGUGUUUCCAGGAGGUUCGCAACAUGGUGAAGGAACAGAAAGACAAGCCCAAUGUGGAGGCGGAUGCUCUGAAGCGGAUGCGGGUACUGCACCAGCAGUACGUCGCGCAGGUGGGCAUGCCUCAGACCACGGAGCAGUGGACGGCCUGGAUGGAGGCGUUCAAGCAGAACAACUACAGCGAGGACCUGAUCAGGAAGUUCCACGCGGAGCUGUCCGCGCAGCACCAGAAGGCGGCGAAGCAGGCGGCGAGCGCGCCAAAGCAGAAGCCGAAGGCGAGGCGGUGACCGCUGCGCGCCUGCGGCGGCGGCCCCCCCUCCAUAGGGGCCCCCGUGCCGCGGGCGCCCUGCGGCGGGCGCCGCCGCCCGCCCCCUGUCUCGGGCGUCGCGCCGGGGGGCGCUCCUCGGGGUCAGAUCGCUCGCGGGGGCCGCGCGCGCCCCACGAGCGGAGGCGGCCCUGGAAGGCUUGGUGGGUGUGCACCCGCGCUCCGGAGAGCGAGCCCGCCGGCCCGCUGCGGAGCAGCCGCUGCGUGUGGCCCCCACGAAGGCAUCUUCGGGAGCGGCCAGAUCAACGGCCCGAGUGUGCGCCCCCAGGAUUUCCAGGGAGGACACCGCGGGCUCCACGGCACCCCUCGCGCGGCCGACGGGGCCGUGGGGCUUCAGAAUGCCAGUCUUCGCCGGCAUCGCCCGACCUCCGCCGCGCCUCCCUCCUCCUCCUCCUCCUGUCCAGGCCCCUUCCCAGGAACCGGUAUUUCACCCUCGAGCCUCUGAUGCUUGUGGCCAGGGCGUGUGCACGGGUGUUCAUCAGCCACUUCAUGCACCUCUGAGUGGCCCCGUCGCCGAGCGAUGACAGCGUA